AUGGUUGCCGGUUUUUUCAAAGUUGUUCAAAACUUCGACAAGGACAGGAAGCAGAUCCUGCUGGAGACUUGUUUUCGUGGCGGUUCUAUCAGCUGCGCCGGCGAGAUUCACAGCCGUGUUGCCUUGGAGGGUCUAAAGGGGAGCAGCGUCGAUAGGACAACCGCUAUCAGUCUCGUGGUGGGUAUGCCUGCGGACGGAGACCUGCUCCCCAUGGACACAUUCGCUACCGCGGGUGUGCUCAAAUGCGCAGCGGGGUCGGUCUCUCUUGCCGCGCGUUGGGUGGCAAAGAGAGCAGGACUGAAGAAGGUCUACUUCCCUGUCUAUAAGUACGGCUUCGAUCGAGCGUACGAACUUGCUGUAAGCACGCGGCGCGGUCUCGAAAAUGAUGCAGCAGCUGGAAUUCGGGGGGUUGGUCCCCUGCGGCCACGGUCGCCUUGGGAACCUGGCUGCCCCGGCUCAUCUGGUGUGUCGCUGGAGCACGCAGACUCCGCUCAACAGCCGUCUGUCACUGUUCCUCGCACGUGCACGCAAGCAGCCGUCGCGCAAGGAAAAAUGAAAAGCGGACAGUUGGAGGAUUCGGACGAAGGUGAUUCGGACGGGGAUCAUCUGUCAGAAGGUGCUCAACUGCAAAAAACGCCGAGAACUAGCAGCGAUGUAGCAGCUCAAGAGGUCGCGAAACAAGGGGCGGAGACGGCCUUCCACCACAUCGAGUCUCCUUCGACUAGUUGUCCCAAGCACAAAGAGCAAGGGCUCUCAGCGCCUACGAUGCUGUCCCUCGCUUCCUUCGCCCCGAGCCAAAUCGACGUGGAGGCGGAACGGACAGCUGACGCGGCAAAUGAACGAACACGUCUGCAGGGCGGCGAGGACCGGCCACGUGCAACCACGUCCUCAAGUGGCGAAGGAAGCAUCUACAUGGGCGAUUCGACCACAGCCAGCACGACAGGGAGUGAAGAUAAUAGUACUCUUAGAGCAGCAACGAGCUCCUGCCUGUUUUCCGAGAGUGGAGAGGGUUCUGCGUCCACCGCGAGGGCAUUCAUGGACGAUGAAGCCAUGCAGCAGGCACUAGCGACAGAUUCUGCAGAGGCGUUGGCCAAGCUGCUGAGCGCUCUGCCUGCAGGCGUGCACUUUGACUUCUCGUCGAAACGGUGGUUUGCCGUCUACAGUCCGCGUGAGAGCCCAGAGGCAAACCAGCAUGAUCAUAUCCUUGAGCGCGCGCAGUUGAUACUGGGAACCGAGAAACAGAUCAGCUUUUCUCUUUCACAUCGGGCGUGGAUUGUGAACGUGGAGUCGAAUAGGCGCUACGUCCCCAUUUGUUACGAUGGCCUGGAGGCUGCUUUCGAUCGUGCAAUUCGCUGUCGGCGGACACUUCGAUUGGAGUCUUCGUACGGAGGAGCCGGUCGAAAGACAGCACCCGGUCGUGAGAGCCCGGCUUCUGCUCCCGGAGGCGUGCCCGCAAGGCCAGAUGAAGCCGUCCAACGGACAGACAGCGUACCUUCAGAUUCCAGCGAGAAUCAACCGAGAGUGCAGGCAUCGCAGGGUGCAAUCAAAGAAAACACCAGAACGAUGAACAGGGCGAGGAAGGCUCAAUCCGGCUUGCUAGGCAGGAUCGACGCAGACGUGUUCGGGCUGUACGGCAGCACCGCGAUGUACUUCUAA